AUGAGCAGAGCCCGUCGCAACCCGGACUCUCAGGGAACCUCUGCAGCGAGCAGAAACCGCCCACGUAAUGCUGCAUAUCGCUUUGAUCCCUAUGCCCAGAAUGCCAGAGCCGCGUCAGGUUCCGAGCCCCCCUCUCACGGACAAUACCACUCAAGCGGCCAGGAUCAGUUACUGUUGCAACACAGGCAACCGUCCGCAGCCAGAAUUCCGCUUCAAGAGCAAGGUCAGUCAGAGCGCGAUGUUCGCUUAGCAGUAGCCUCCUCCUCCCGCGCCUCAACAAAUUAUCCAGUCAGACAUGAAAAUGCCCGGCGACCACGUCCGCCUUCUCCAGUGGCAACUUUCAAGCAGCGCAAAGCACGCAAGUUGUUCGAUACUCGAUCGCGAGAGCAGAAGUUCGUGACGCUGCCGGACAUAUGCGCGCAGACUGGGCCGGAUAAACCACGAGCAGACGGAGUCCUACUCUAA